ACAGAACGACGGAUACGCGGGGCGAUUGAGUCCAGAUGCCUAUUGGCCGCCAGGGCGUGACGUCACCAACACACGCCACAAAUGACGGCUCUAGCCGUCGCGCGCCUUUGUCGACAACCCACAGCCGAGGCGGUUGGUGCGGUAUGGGCAGUUAAAUAGAUAUAUUUAAGAGCAUUGUCUGAAGAGGGGACCAUGACAGGCCGUAAAUUCGCUAAAGAGAAGAAGCGGCAUCGCUCCCGCCUGUGUUGCCCGGAGGAGGGAGGAGGCACCGAGAGGAAACGGCGGAGCACGGACUCUCAGCACGGCCUUCAGGAGGAAACAAAAAGUACUCUACAAGUUUCAGAAAAGGAGGAGGUGGGAGAAGAGCCCAGUGACAUAGAAGAAGGUGGAUUAGACCUCAGUGUUCAACUGAAGCCAGUUAGUUUCUACAUUACAGACAAGAAGGAAAUGCUUCAACAGUGCUUUUGUAUCAUAGGAGAGAAGAAAUUGCAGAAAAUGCUGCCUGAUGUUUUAAAGAAUUGUUCCAUAGAAGAAAUCAAAAGGCUUUGUCUUGAACAGUUGGAACUCAUGUCUGAGAAGAAAUUAUUGAAAAUUCUUGAAGGUGAACAUGGGACUGAUUCUGACAGCGAUGAAGAAGCCAAUGCAAGUGAAGAGAAGGCUGCUAUUGAAUCAAUUAGUCAGCAAGACAACAGCAUAGAUUCUACUUCUUCUUUGAAGGAAGACAGCAAAUUGGAGGGUUUGGACCCAAAACAAGGCAAAGGAGAAGAUAGUGAUGUUCUCAGCAUCAAUGCAGAUGCCUAUGACAGUGACAUUGAAGGCCCAUGCAAUGAAGAAGAGAAUCCCAGUGUGCCAGAAAGGACUGUCAGAAGUGGAGAUGGUCAGAUAGACGACCUUCAGAAGGACAUUGAGAAAAGUGUGAAUGAGAUCUUGGGGCUUGCAGAAUCCUCCCCAAAGGACACUAAGGCAGCAGCAUUAGCAGUUCCUCCAGCAGAUGAUGUUCACCCAUCAGCACAGCAGCUGGAGCUCCUGGAGCUUGAGAUGCGAGCCAGGGCUAUUAAGGCCCUCAUGAAAGCUGGAGAUGUAAAAAAAUAGCCUCCGGGCAAUUUCAUUUGCAAGAUGUCUAUAUUUAUUUUGAUGGGUGUGAUGUCAGUUCCCUUUAGUGAGAAAGUGUAUUUGGACUGGAUUUGACAUUCCUUGUUCAAACACUUUGUGUAUUGUAACCCUUGGCUGAAAUAGUCGGCAGCACUUUGUCACUGCCAUCAGUAAACUUCCUCUGCGACUUGCUUACAUUGUCUGGUUUGAUACUGUUUGAUUCUCGUUGGUUACUUUUUCUUUGUGCUAGCUUAUUUCUUGACAUGAAUUGUGAAACAAUAACAACAACAUUCCUCUCUGACUAAAUCUUGGUGCCUUAUGGAAAUUUCAAGAACAGUAGGCGGGGGGGGGGGGGUCACCAUGCUACUCCAGCUUUUUUUUUUUUAAGCCACUAGGUAACUUGGGCUAGGAGGUCAAAAGAAGGGAGAAGGGGGUAGAAACACUGCCUAUCUGAAGUGGAGAGGUAUAGGGCAUGUAAAUUGAGAAACCACUCCAGAAUCCCUCACAGCACAAACCUUUUGAGUCCCUCUAGAGCUGAGUCACUCUAUUGGUGUGGCAUCUGACAUUUUUGAAGUAUUGUAUACUGCCUCUGACCUCAGUAGCUCUACAUAAAGGGCUAAAAUGGGUACACUGGCUCUCAGUGACUGGAUGGCUGGACUUUUUAAAUGGUUGGAUCCCAGCUGCUACUUGACCUUGUUACAUGUGAUGCCCAUGGGCACUCAUAAUCUGUGUAGUUAGCACUUAAGCUUGUUUCUUGUCUUCCUUAGUUAGCAAAUUCAGUGUUGAUGUGUUCAUGUCUGAAAGUACUUUAUUCCUAAAGAACCUUUCAUUGUCUGGGGGUAACUUAUAUAUAUGAGUCUGUGAUGCCCAGCUUCUGAAUUAAAUUAUUAAAAUGACUUUUUCCUUUGGAAGAUUGAAAAAUGUUUAAAUUGUGAAAUAGUUACAGUUAUGGAUAAUUUUUAAACUCAUAUUGGAAAGAUACAGAAGCAUGUGAUUCUUUCCUGUGCAUAAUUAUUUUCUUUCAGACUGUUGUUUCAUCAACUGUAGUGGUUUCCACCUUUUUUAACAAUACAAAGGAGAGAUUUGUAUCCA